CUCCAUGGACCACUCUUCAGGGUUAAAGACAGAGUUAUUCCCAGUCGAGCCCGCCUUACCCUACCUCACUACCUCACUUUGCGAGUGCUGGAGUUGCGAGCUGGGAACCAACAGAUCCUUGGAGUGUUUGCUAAGAAAGUUAUACAGAAGAGAACACAAUUUGGUCCUUAUGUUGGGAAACUAUCUACAACACGUACCCGCUAUGAUGACAACAGGCUAGUUCUACAGGUAUUGAAAGAUGGCAGAAAGUACUUUCUGGAUGCUCCCAAUGAAGACUGUGGUAACUGGAUGAUGUUUGUCCGACUUGCCCGGAACCAGGAAGAACAGACCCUUGUAGCCUAUCAGUACGCUGGAGAAGUCUACUUCACAACUGUUAAGCCAAUUGAACCCCACACAGAAUUAAAAGUGUGGUAUGCUGCAGAUUACGCCAAGUUUAUGGAAGCUUCUGCAGUUGUCAUCAAAGAAGAAUCUGAUAUCUGUGCUUUAUCACCAGUUUUAACAACAAGACAGUGUGCCGAUGCCUGGAUAUGCUCCAAUUGUAGUAACGUUUUUGGGACUUUAGCUCUGCUGGAAUCUCACCAAUGCAUCAGUAAAGACAAAGCACUUCUCACCAGCUUCAGACCAGCAAAUAAAUUAGAACCUCUAAAAGCAAAGGGCAAAACCAAAGGCAAACUGAGUGAAACUGGCAUGGGUGCAAGCAUUGUCCAGUGCUAUGGGGCCAUUUCCUGUUCCUCUAGUGCAAAGUCUACCUGUGCCAGCUCAGGAAGUGUUUGCAGUUCCAUUGUGAGACUUGUGCCUUCAUGGAGAAAUGGUCAGUCUUCACUACUAAAGGAAAGAGAAGUGAAGCAGCCAGACAGUUAUCACUGCCGACUCUGCGAGAAGAUAUUUGUUUCUGUUGAAAAGCUCACAGCCCACACUUAUGCCCACACAGGAGAGCGUCCCUACAGGUGUUCCCAGCAGGGAUGCACGAAAGCUUUCAUUUCCAAAUACAAACUGAUAAGGCACUCGGCCACCCACUCUCCACAGAAAUCUCACCGAUGUGGUUACUGUGAAAAGACCUUCCACAGAAAGGACCAUCUGAAAAAUCACCUUCAGACUCACGACCCCAACAAAAUGGCCUUCAAGUGUGAAGAGUGUGGCAAGAAGUACAACACCAAGCUGGGUUACAAACGACACCUGGCUCUUCAUGCAGCCACUAGUGGUGACCUUACCUGCAGGGUGUGUUCCCAAGAGUUUGGAGGCACUGAAGUGUUGUUAGAACACCUCAAAACUCAUGCAGGGAAACCAGGCAGCAGCACCAAGGAAAAGAAACAUAAGUGUGACCAUUGUGAACACUAUUUCUAUACACGCAAAGAUGUGCGACGUCACAUGGUGGUUCACACAGGCUGCAAGGACUUCUUGUGCCAGUUUUGUGCCCAGAGAUUUGGGCGCAAGGACCACUUGACUCGCCACAUGAAGAAAACACAUCCACAAGAGCUGCUGAAGGGCAGGUUGCAGAAUGGUGACUUGCUGGGUCUCUUUGCCCCUUUCUCUCCAUUCAGACUGAAGGAAGAUGCCAGUAUCCUGUCCUCUUUUCCUGAGGGGGCUUCUAGGCAGCAUGGGCUUCCGAACACAUUAGAAGCAGAAGAGUACAGCAGCCCACAUAUUCACUGUCAACAAAGCCUCCCGUCUACUCAUCCCUUUGAACCUCCUCAUUUGCUAAGGAUGAGCUGUGUAGAUAGUCUUUCAGCCACUCAUUCUAAACCAUCUCCACCAUCGAUUCCUACCAACCAGAAUCUUCAUCGGCACAACAAAUAUGAACUGAGUACUACCUCACUUGCACCAACAUCCCUCAAAAACCUACCCAUGGAAGUGGAUGUUAAAGCUCAUAAUGUGAAUUUACUCGAGGACCUGUCUUUACCAGAACCUCACAAAGUCAAUCUGGAAGAAGCUUCCUUGGGGGCUGCAGGUGAUGCUGGCAAGUACAUAUUGCACAAGGAGACUGUGACAACAGUUGAAUCUAUUAGCAUGCCCUCCAUGGAUCUUACUCAUAUACUGGGUUUCUGGCAGUUCCCUCAGAGUGAUAACCAGAACAACAGUGGAGACAUCACAAUGGCAUUUGGUCAGGAGGAAGCACCACACAGGCUGAGCUGCCUCAGUCAACAGCAAGGUGCACAGCUAGCUCUGGGUGGAGUGGCCCUAAACCAGCUUCAGCAUGUGCCCCAUUCUUUUCCAUCUAGUACAAAUUCUGUAACAUUGCCUCAUUUUCACCAUGCAUUCAGAUAACUACCACCUUUUUUAGGGCUCCUUUUCAUGCCCAGAUUUGCAAAGGAUGAAAGCCCUAAAGCAUCUCGAACUUUUAAAAAGGACAUUAUAAACAUUGUAGAAUGUUCCAGGAAGUAACAGAAUGAAUAGAUGUAUUUUAUAUAAUACUUACUAGUUUCGUAGCAUAUGACACUUGCAACAAUGCCAUAUUUUCCCCUCAAUACCCUCCAUGUUUUUACAGUUAAACCAAAUAGUUGAACUAGUGUUCUUCAGUGGAAAUACAAAUGUAUCUAUAACAGGCACAAAACAUGAUGGCUGCUAUGGGGGUGAGGGUGGGAAACAUAUAUUUUUAAAUGAGCCAU